AUGGAGGCAUUACUUUUUUCUGGAAACGACGGCAUCAGAUUUAGACUGUUCGUACCAAUACUUAUGUUUAUGGCACCGGUGCAUGUGCAUAUGAGGCACACUACGUUCUUGUUCAUUGUGACAGUGAUCGCCGUGAUUCUGGCAGUGAUAAGGGAAAUUGUGACUCUUUUGUCGGUGAAAGUGGUGGCGGUCAUCACGGCGGCAAUCGUAGGUUUCGGUAUCCCGUUGUGGAUGCUAUAUCCAUAUAUUAUUAUGACGCGAAACACCAGAGAAGAUGUUGCGGAAAGUCAUCUCCACACUUAUUUUGAAUAUUUAUUAGAUGACGGCGGAGAGAGGAACACCAGAGAAGAUGUUGCGGAUAGUCAUCUCCACACUUAUUUUGAAUAUUUAUUAGAUGACGGCGGAGAGGAUGGCUGA